AUGUGUUCUGUGUCUGUGCGUUCUACUAAACACUAACCUCAAAACUUCAAAUUCAAAUCUCAAAACUUUUGAUCAAAAUACUCAAAUCAGACGAACGGUAAUUUGGUUUCUGCCUGUUUGAAUCUCUUGUUCAUGAACUGCGAUACAGAAAUAAUAAAUUUACUUCAAUGGAAGUGAUGAUGAAUUGAGAGAAUUUUGUUGAGAAAUGCGUGUACCUAUUUAUAUUAAUCAAAGCAAACUCAACCAGAAUAGGAUUGCAAACACAAACCUUCCAACUUGAGCAUCUGAGUUGAUAAAACUUUUUUGAGGUGCAAAAAUGACUGAUACAUCCCCGAAAUCGAAUCCCACAGAAUUCUUUGAACCUGUCACACCAAGAUUCAAGAGUGAAGCAGAAAUCCAAAGAGAAAACAAUAUCAAAGAAAGAGAUGCAUUCCUCAAAUCGUUCAUGAAUGACCCCGAUUUCGCAGAAGCUAUAGACGCCAUUGGAAUUUUCAAUAAUAAAGGAAACACCAGCUCCAAACCAUCAUACAAACCCAAAAUAAGAAGAUCCCAUGGAGAUACAGGUUUCACAUAUUUUGGAAACAUCACCAUACCUGUAGAAACUCGUAGAUCAUUAAGGCUACUAGAUAAAGAACCCAUUUACACUAAAGAUGACUUGGUUGACGAAACAACCUUCAAAAGAAAGAAAUAUGAUGACAUGGAUGAUUAUGAUUACAGGGAUCUUGAAGAUAUUGUUUAUAGGCCAAAGAAACCUAGAAUUAAUAAUAAGAGGAGAACCACUCAGAGGCCUCCAAUCAUUCCUGUGGAAGAGGUGACAGAAGCAAUGAUAAGUAAAAUUGCUAUGAGAGUUUCCAUCAAGCAAUACUCAGCUAUGGGAUCUAGUUGUCAUCAAUGUAGACAAAAAACUCUAGAUCAGAAAACAUGUUGCAGGAGGAAUGAAUGUGUUGGUAUUAGAGGGCAGUUUUGUGGAGUUUGUUUGUUCAAUAGAUACGGUGAAAAUGCCGCUGAGGCAUUGAAAGACCCCAAUUGGCACUGUCCAGUUUGUAGGGGGAUAUGCAACUGUUCUUUUUGUAGAGCUAAGGAAGGAAAAAGGCCGACCGGUAUUUUGACUCCGAUGGCGCAUCAAAACGGCCAUAAGUCUGUCAAAGAUUUCUUGGAAAGUUUGAACGGCAAAGGUGAUUAUAUUGAUGAAGAAGACGACUCAGAUAAUUUGCUUGGCUUUACGAAGGAUUUGAAAAACGCUCAAAUGGGUGGAGGAGUUCUACACAAUUUGGAAUGCCAAUUAGAUCUCUUGGUAAUCCAAAAAUUGUGUGAGAAACUCGAAAAUCAUGAUAGUUUUAGAUGAAUUUUUUAAAAUAUGAAUGCUCAAUAAUUAUUUGAAUUCUGCAUUGACACAAAAAAAAUCGAGACUAGAGGAGAAAUUCCAUGACGAUUAAUAGAAUGUAAGAAUAAAAAUGUUUUGUUUUCAGUAUCGGCUACAAAAAUACUUUAGUCAUGUUCGGUAUUUACAUCGCAGAUUAGAGCAGAUUCUAGUCACGUGGUCACCGAUAGAUCGGAGCAAUCGGCAUUAAACGAACGAAGUGGAUAUUUUGUUGAAAGUGUGACGGUAACCUAACCUAACCCCAUUUAUUUAUUUGAUUUAUUUCCAUUUCAAUAUGAGUAUACCAGAAAAUUUCUUCUUCUUGUUAUUUUUCCAAAAGAAUCGCAGCUAAGGUCAAAUCU